UCAAUGCCAAGCUUGUCACAACUACCACGCAAUAUAUCACACUUUCUGGGUUAUAGAGACCCUUCUUCAAAACCUAAAAAACCAUUGCCUCUAUGGAGAUUAUGUUUUUGGUCAUUUUUAGCGGCCUGGAUUGGCAUUGCUAUUUUGGAAAUAACAUUCACUUAUAGUAAGGCAUUCCAAUCACAACAUACACCUAUGAUUGUCGCUUCUUUUGGUGCUACAGCUGUUCUGGUGUUUGGUGUGAUUGAAUCUCCCUUAGCACAACCACGCAAUAUUAUAUGCGGUCAAAUCAUUGGUGCUAUCAUAGGCGUCAUCAUUGCCCAACUAUUUUUAGGUAUCAAAUCUGAUUGGGUUGAGACAGAUCCGCAAUUCGUUGCUGUACAAUGGGUCGGUGGAGCUACCGCUAUGGCUCUCUCGCUUGUUGUCAUGCAAUUGACCGGUACGGUACACCCUCCUGGAGGCGCGACGGCGUUGAUUCCAGUAGUGACGACAAACAUUUUGGAUUUGAAGUGGUUCUACAUCGGUGUGGUAGCCGUAUCUGCAGUUUUGCAAGUGGCAUUGGCCUGUUUGAUAAACAAUGUGGAACGCAGGUAUCCUCUGUAUUGGUGGGCGCCA